GAGUUGGCGCAAAAGAUCAUGGAAGUUAUGUAUUAACAUUUAGUAUGCGGAUUGGAAAUGAUGGUACUUUUUUGGAUUAUAAGGUUCGACCUGGUAUCGUUCGACGUGUUAAAAGCUUGUAUUAUGAUGAUGUUGAUACGUUUUCAUCAUCAGAAAAACAAGACCUAUUAGAUUUGCAGAAACUUGCAAUAAUACACAUGAGACGUCGAAUAAAUUUAGGCUCUUUCAUGUUCAUGUUACCACAACCAUCAAUUGAGUUGUAUCCUUUCCCAUUACCAAUAUCUAAUCCUGAUCCUCAAGCACCGAUAAUACACACAGGAAUGCCUAUCAUCCAAGUUGGACUUGAUAAAAGUAUGCAUUCUCCGGCUCGUGCGAUGGUCGCAGAACUUAUGGUCAUGGCCG